CGCUGGGCCCUAGCCCAGCCUCUGCCUGGGAAGUUCCCUCUGGGAACGUCUUCCGGUGGGUACUACAGGCCUGAUUCUAGGCCCUAUGGCCUGUGGAACCGCACCACUGGGGGGAAGGCUGGGCCGGACAGAGUCAUCACGUGUGGUGCCGGCCCCAUGGAUGACGUGGAGUGGACACAAAGCCCCAAGCCUGAGGAGCUAAGGGUUGGGCUCAUCAGCUGGGCAGGAUCCUACCUCACUUAUGAGACGUAUACGAAUAUAGUCACUGCUACUGCGAGGGGUUUGGGCCGGAGACAGACCUGGGAGAUCUUGGUGAGCAAUCAACACGAAGCACAGGCUGUUGUACGACUAAGGAGCUUUCAGGGCCUCUACCUCCUAUGCGAGGCAGAUGGCAGUCUAUCCUAUGGCCGGCCAAGGACCAGCCACCAUGGAUGCUUCCUACUGCGUUUCCACCGCAAUGGCAAGUGGACUCUCCAGUGCAUUAUUAGUGGCCGUUAUCUGGAGUCUGAUGGUGAAGAUGUGUUCUGCAACUCCAGGGUCCUCUCGGCUUACCACAUGUGGACCCCCCGGCCAGCUCUGCAUGUCCAUGUGAUCCUCUACAGCCCCAUUAACCACUGCUAUGCCCGGGCUGACACUACCACGGGCCGCGUCUGGGUGGAUGCGCCAGUGCCCUGCCUGGAGGAAUGUGGCUUCCUGUUGCAUUUCCAAGAUGGAUGCUACCACUUGGAGACCUCAACACACUUCUUCUUGUCCCACUUAGACCGGCUGGCCCCCCAACCCUCAUCACAGACAGCUUUUCACAUGCAAGUGCGACCUGGAGGGCUCGUGGCACUGAGCGAUGGAGAAGGAGGCAUAUUGUAUCCACAGGGCACACGUCUGCUCCUGGGCCUGGGCUCCAGUCCCCAUAGGGGUGAGGAGUGGUUCAUCCUACAGCGCUGUCCGACGUGGGUCAGCCUCAGGUCAAAGACUCGGAAGUUCCUCUCCAUCAUCUAUGAUGUUGAGGUAUAUGCUGCCUCUGAGCACGUAACCCCAAUGUCCUUGUUCCAGUUUGAAUGUGACAACGAGAGCCUCACCCUGCAGCUUCGUGCAGCAAAUGGCUGCUACCUAGCCCAGAGGCACCACAGGACAGUGGUAGCUAAUGGGCACCCAAUGGAGCCUGGCACCUUCUUCCACAUGCACUGGAACUGCGGCAGGAUUAUCCUGCAGGCUCCCAAUGGACGCUUCUUGGGCAUCAUAGACAAUGGCCUGCUGAUGGCCAAAGCCACCAUUCCAGGCCCAAAUGAGGAAUUUGGGAUUCGAUUAGCUAACCGUCCCUUCCUCGUAUUGCGAGGUCGUUAUGGGUAUGUGGGCACCUCAUCAGAACACGACCUAAUGAAGUGCAAUAUGGAUCAGCCUGACUGCAUUCACCUGCUGCCUUGCCGCCAAGGCAUCUACCACUUCCAGGGGUGGAUCCUUCUGGUCAAUAACGUCCUUUGGCACCUUUCGCCCUUGGGGAAAGUUCGCUCUCAACUUCUGUAUAGAGCUUCAUGGGAGCAACUUGCUCACAGUACUGGCACCCAAUGGCUUCUACAUGCGAUCCGACCGAAGCGGCACCCUGUUGGCAGACAGCGAGGAGAUUACCAAAGAGUGUAUUUGGGAAUUUUAGGUCAAUGGGAUGCUACCUACAGAAAUCCAAAUCCUCCAGGAGAACCUACUACGCUAAACACAAGAGGAACCCCAGAGUCCAAAUCCAUGAGAAUAUCUGUUACAGAACUUUCCCUACCCAGUUUAGCAAAACACCUGUUUCGAGUGACAAUACAUCACAAAAGGCCACCCCCAAGACCCUGGUGUGCAUCUGACUCAGUACAGAAUAGGGGUCUGAAUAUGGGUGGAGACUGAGGCCCCAGACCACUCCAAGUUCUAUCCAGAAGAGGCGGCACCAAACGGUAACCAGUUCUUACAAUGAUCUUUCCCAUUCCCACCAGAAUCGCUAGACUUUUUCCAGUGACUCCAUAAGGAGCCAGUUUUGCCCUGAAGGAUUAAGAAUCCAGAUAUGAUUAGCUGUCCUUUUGGUUUUGAAAGAAUGAUUACUAAUCCUAUGGGCACAGGGCAAUGGUAAUAACACCUUAGGCUGGUAUAGCACACUCCCUCAGCACCACCCUGGAGGUUUACCAAUUAUCCUACCUUAUCAUUACCUUUGAUCUCAUCAGUUGGGCAAGAUAGGUACUUUCCCCAUCACUGCCCACCUUUUACAGGGAGCUGAAGUGAUUUGCCCAAGGUCCCACGACUGGGGUUUCUGACUCAAUUUCCUCAACUAGAAUGGACUGUAAUGUCCACUACUCUUUCCAUCAAAACAGAGUUUCCAAAAUGACCAUCAUUCUUGUACUGUCUGUAUAACUUUGGCCUUCAUCUACCUACCAUAUGCUCUAUCAAUGUCUUUAUUGACAUAGACUCUUAAGUACUUUUAUUUAGAAAGGAAUAUUUUAAUCACUGUCAUAAAAUGGACGACCAGAAUCACUUGCCAUAAAUAGAAAGUGACCUUAAAAAUAAAUACAAUCAGGGCCACCUGAGUGGCUCAGUCAGUUAA